GGAAGCGACUGUGGGGGGAAUCAGAGGCUGUGGCUCAAAACCAGUAAGCUGCCCAACUAGACAAUGUUUUUGGACAUUUAGCGCGUUGCGUGCUUCAGUGCAAAUAGUCAUCUCGCUCGCUGGAUUUUGAGACACAGCCGUGUUUACUUCCGGAUUCCUGAAAUCAAGCAGCAGCGGGACUGAAGCAUUGCAAUCUCAGUGUACUGAACAGACAACAUGGCACGGACCACCGGCACCCUCAACGCCAACUGAACACCAGAGUACCAAACCUGGAGAGACAUCAUUCAAAGUCAGUGGGGAGCGGCUCUAUGUCCAAAACUGUUCGGCAUAGACCAAAAAUCUUGCCCUAGGCUGGAUAUAAUUUGAGACAGCCGGUGAAAGUCAAAUCAAAGCUCGAGUGGAUCAGCUGCCAGCAGAAUGGACUGGUUGAUGGGGAAAUCCAAAACGAAGCCCAAUGGAAAGAAAGCACCCGCUGAAGAGAAGAAGCACUACUUGGAGCCAGAGUACACAAAAGUACGGGUCAUGGACUUCGACCUGAAAGAUUUGGUGGCGCUUCCCGCCAGAGAGAUAGACCUCAACGAAUGGCUCGCCAGCAACACAACAACCUUCUUUAAUCUCAUAAAUCUGCAGUAUAGCACAAUCUCCGAGUUCUGCACAGGGGACACAUGUCCAGCCAUGACGGCCUGUAACACAAUAUACUACUGGUAUGAUGAGAGGGGGAAGAAGACGAAGUGCACAGCGCCUCAGUAUAUUGACCUCGUUAUGACUUUCGUGCAGAAAUUAGUGACAGACGAAGAAAUCUUUCCCACAAAAUAUGGCAAACCCUUCCCGAACUCGUUCGAGUCCCUGGUGAAGAAGGUGUGCCGGUUCCUGUUCCACGUGUUGGCGCACAUUUACUGGUCGCACUUUAAAGAGAGCGUGGCUCUGGAGCUGCAGGGACACUUGAACACACUGUACGCACAUUUCAUCGUCUUCGUCAGGGAAUUCAACCUGAUCGACCCCAAGGAGACCUGCAUCAUGGACGACCUGACGGAGGUGCUGUGCGCCCCCCUGCCCCCCCUCCCACACAGUCACGUGACCGAGAGAUGAGCCAAUAGCAGACCCGACAGAAGCGGGAGCGGGAGGCGGGCCCCUCCAUCACUUUCCCCUCACCGUGUUAAUGUGAACUGAUGAAAAGGAUGGGACGGGGCACCGCUGGUCUGCAGUUUGUGUACCAGCUCAGAUUGGUGUGAAUGUUUAACAGGACAAACAAUCUGUCAACAUUAUCAUUUAUAUAGGAACAUUUUAUAUUUUAAGUUGCUUUUUAUUCUUAUGUUUGCGCAUAGCCCCUUGGAGGUUUUGUUUUCUUUUAGGGAAUGGUAUUUCAGCUCGGCUCUCAUCAGUGCCUUAGAGAAAUAGCUAAGGUAUUGUUUGUUUAUAUGCAAAACUGUUUAGAAAACGAUCCUCGACCUCUGGCUCCCCCUUGUGGAGGGAGUGACGUCACGUGCCGACUGACUGUUUAUGAUCUCUGCAGCCUUAUUUCACCUUUCUCUUUCAUAUUCCAGCCAUCCUUCACUGUCCAUUUUCCUAUACGGCAUAUACAUCAUUUCCAGUGGUUCGAAAAUUUAUUCUUUAGCCUUUUCAAGAUUUUGUAAAAAGGGGAUGAUGGUUCGAAUGAUGCUUUAGAGAAAGUCUGGACGUUUCUGACAAGGAUACUUCCCCCGACUGCAACGGCCCAGAUCCGGCUCAUAUCCGGUACAUGUGGAUCCCACACGGGCCAGAUGCGGGCCGGAUCUGGGCCGACACUAUGUUGCUGUCCGGGAUAUCCGCAAUGUCUGCUCGCUCGGAGAGAUGGUGAUGCGGACAGGGACAAAAAUGUGUUGCAUGGCAGUUGACUUGCUGAGUUGUAUUGAUAUGAGAGCACAUUCUCCAUUUAUUUUAUUUUUUUAUUUCACUUUUUAUCUUCCUUUUUUUUAAACGAUCAGAUGUCAUAAAUAUUGUGGCAAAAAAUGCACAUUAAGUCCCCCCCUCCAAAAAAAAAAAA